CCUCCAGCUAUGCCCUCAGGCACAGGGAGCAGGCAAGGCAAAGACACCUGAACUCAGCUCCAGGGGACCAGGUAGGAGCAGCACCAAGGCCCGUGGCUAGCUACGGGUGAGCCUAGGGCUCCCUAGCUAAGCCCCCCCUCCCCCCCCCCGGCCUUCUCUUUGCCCUUGUGAUCACAGAUCGGUGGAGGGGCUGGGAGGCAGCCUGAGAGCUCCCGGAGAGCUCUAGCCUGCUUGGACCUGGGAAGGAGAGCCGGGAGCUGCUGAGACGGGAGUGCCGGGCUCCACCUCCCUCUCCUCUCUUGGCCAAGAAUCAGGCAUCCUGGGUUGAGAUCUGGCCGUCCUUACCCACUUUGAAGGGCAGAGGCCACUGUGGGCCUCUGACUCUGACACUCCCUCCUCCACCUUUUCCCGAGAGCUGAGGUGAUUUCCCCUGCCGCCUUAUCUCCUGGUUCCCAGAGUAGGGUAUUCCUAGGUGCCGGGACUCCCUGUGCCCACCAGGGGCCCUCCUUCGAGGUGGCCUCCCUUCCUCCGGGCCAUGGCCAGCAGCGAACCCCCGGCGCUCGGCUCCCCCAGCCCGUCCCUGGGGCCCGGCUCUGGCAGCGGGGACAUGGAAGUGGCCUGCUGGUUUGACGAAGAGUUCAAGUUCAUCCUGCUCCCGGUCAGCUACGCCGUGGUCUUCGUGGUGGGCUUGAGCCUCAACAUCCCCACCCUGUUCCUCUUUCUCUUCCGCCUCCACCCCUGGGACGCCACGGCCACGUACAUGUUCCACCUGGCGCUAUCUGACACCCUCUACGUGCUGUCGCUGCCGACCCUCAUCUACUACUAUGCGGCCCGCAACGACUGGCCCUUCGGGACCGGCCUCUGCAAGUUUGUGCGUUUUCUUUUCUACUGGAACUUGUACAGCAGCGUCCUGUUCCUGACCUGUAUCAGCGUGCACCGCUACCUGGGCAUCUGCCAUCCGCUGCGGGCCCUCCGCUGGGGCCGGCGCCACGUCGCUAACCUCAUCUGCCUGGCCGUCUGGCUGAUCGUGGCCGCUUGCCUGGUGCCCAACCUCUUCUUUGUGACCACCAGCACUCGAGGGGACACCACCCUGUGUCACGACACCACAAAGCCCGAGGACUUUGACCACUACGUCCAUUUCAGUUCGGCCGUCAUGGCUCUGCUCUUUGGGCUCCCCUUUCUGGUCACCCUGGUGUGCUACGGCCUCAUGGCGCGGCGUCUGUGGCGGCCCCUGCCCGGUGCGGCCCAGUCCUCCUCCCGCCUCCGCUCCUUGCGCACCAUCGCCGUGGUGCUGACUGUCUUUGCCAUCUGCUUUGUGCCCUUCCACAUCACCCGCACCAUCUACUACUUGGCGCGGCUUCUGGAGGCGAAUUGUUACACACUGGGCAUCGUCAACAUCACCUACAAGGUGACCCGCCCGCUGGCCAGCGCCAACAGUUGCCUGGAUCCCGUGCUCUACCUCCUCACGGGGGACAAGUACCGGCGGCAGCUGCGGCAGCUCUGCUGCAAAAGGCCCAAUCAGGCCCGUACGGUUUCCUCCCUGGUACUUGUGUCCCGGCCUGAGGAGAGCAGCUGCAGAUAAUCAGCAGCUUUUCCCUGGAAAUCUCAAGUGGGAGAGAGCAGCCCCCUCGUCUUGUGGACACAAAGUCUUCUUGGCAUGUGGAUACCCUGAGCGAUCUGUGAUUUCCUGGAUGUGUAUAUUUCCUCUCAUGGUGCAGAUUUCAACUCAUCCUGAGGAACUCUCGACAUAUCCUCCCAUAGGUCCUCGAUGGAGGCUCCAUACAAAGAAGCAGGGUUAGGGUGAGCCUAACAUUUCUGAGAUAUCCCAUUCUGAGUUCUGGAACAUUCAGGCUUUCACGGGAGCAUCUGUUCAGAGAGAUCAGUUUAUGUACUCCCUGUACUUAUUUUCAGAUGAAGAAACUAUGGCCUAGAGAAGGGAACCGACUUGCCUAGAGCCACAUGGCUAGGAAGUCAUAGCACUGGGAUUUGAGCAUGGGACCUCAGGACUCUACCUCCAUUUGACUUUCUACUGGAUCACAGUGCUUUUCUCAGUUGUCCUAGACUUUACCCUAUGUUCCUGAGCUCUCUA